UUCCAACCUUCUGAUAGUGGUGAGGGAGGGAACAGCGGGAAAGUUAGGUAAUGAUUUGUCAUCCUCAAGCCUGCCGUAGUUGUCAACCCUACCGUGCUGGAGAUCCUCGCUGUGAUUGACAGCAGGGUCGUGGGGGCCUCACUUGUCUCUGUUGACAGUAAUAAUGCGGAUUUGUCAAAGCCUAAUGGACAUGGAGAUGCCAGAUUACGCUGAGUCCCUCGACUCCUCAUACACCAUGUUGGAGUUCGAAAACCUGAGGGUGCUGCCCACAAACUCAUCAGAUGCCAUUGUUUCAGAGUCAGGGAGUGGCGGCCUGCUGGCGAAUGGGAUCAGCUCAAUGUGUGCCAUCUGUGGAGACCGUGCUACUGGGAAACAUUACGGAGCUUCCAGCUGUGAUGGCUGCAAAGGGUUCUUCAGAAGGAGUGUCCGUAAGAAUCACGUCUACUCAUGCAGAUUUAGCAGGCAGUGCAUAAUAGACAAGGACAAGAGGAACCAGUGCCGAUACUGCCGUCUGAAGAAAUGUUUCCGGGCAGGAAUGAAGAAGGAAGCUGUACAGAAUGAGCGUGACAGGAUCAGCAUCCGCCGGAGCAGUUACGAAGACAACGGAGCCCUGUCAAUCACCAUUCUGACCCAAGCAGAGGCAAUGGCGCAUCAGUAUUCGGCUCUCCGUCCUGUACACAGCGCCGAUAUUGCCAUGAAGAAGAUUGCAACAAUCAAUGAUGUGUGUGAGUCGAUGAAGCAGCAGCUCCUGGUCCUCGUUGAGUGGGCAAAAUACAUCCCAGCAUUCUGUGAGCUUCCCCUGGAUGACCAGGUUGCCUUGCUAAGAGCCCAUGCUGGUGAGCACUUACUGCUGGGAGCUGCAAAGCGUUCUAUACCAUACACGGAUUUUCUAUUACUAGGAAACGACUUCAUCAUCCCAAUGCACUGUCCAGAGCUUGAAAUUGCCCGUGUAGCUACCAGAAUUCUGGAUGAGCUGGUGAAGCCCUUGCGAGAAAUUCAGAUUGAUGAGAAUGAAUACGCUUGCCUGAAGGCCAUUGUGUUCUUUGACCCAGAUUGCAAAGGCCUGAGUGAGCCCGGGAAGGUGAAAAACAUGCGUUUUCAGGUACAGGUGAACUUGGAGGAUUACAUCAACGACCGGCAGUAUGACUCGCGAGGCCGAUUCAGUGACAUUCUCCUCCUGCUGCCUCCUCUCCAAAGCAUCACUUGGCAGAUGAUUGAGCAGGUUCAGUUCGUCAAGCUCUUUGGAGUGGCAAGGAUCGACAGCUUGCUGCAGGAAAUGCUUCUGGGAGGGACAACUAUGGAUGCACCACAGUACCAGUCAGGGCCUUCCAGCCUUAACAUGGAACCUCUUCCAGGACACAUUGUGCUCCCCAGCAGCAUCGGAUCAGUAAUUCACACCAUUUCAGCCUCAUCUCCUGAAACAUCCCUUCCUUCUCCUUCAACCAGUACAGGAAGUGAAGAUUACAAGCUAGGUCCUGCCCCCAGGCCUGAAGUAGUACCUGCGACUGUUUUGCCUCAGGCGGUGAUACCCAAACAGGAGAUUCUAUAAAGAACCACGCUGAAGAAAUCAAUAAUUUAACCUUUCAAGUCUUAAGUCCAGUAGCAGCUAGCACUGCCAACCUCACGGGGCCCUUUUCAGACACUGAAACAAAAUGGCACCUUUUCAGCAAAGACAGGAGAGAGCCCACCUGUCGGCAGUGUCCCCUUCCUAUGGGUUCAUGUCGUUUCCUCAGUUAGAAUUGUAUGGUGUUUGGGGCAGGUGCUUCCUAAUGAAGCCACAGGGGUUCUUUGUUAAUGGAGAUUAAGUAGAAGAUAGAUGCAUGUGUUCUAAGUUCUCUUGGCGACGGGUCUUCAUGCUUGUGCGUGUUCAUGCUUUCCAAGCUCGGCCUACAUGCCAACAAUGCCUGGAAGGCUCAAGCAGCAGACAGACUCAGAGAGACACAUUGAAAAAUUAGAAGCAAAGAGCAGGAAGCACAUUGUGAAUGCUAGACCGGUCUGCUGCUCUCUUCUCCUCUGGGAAGCUCCACAGUGCUCCAGCACAGAGAUACUCCUUCAUGGGGCUUGGUAAUAUUACAUCUUAUGAGGCCUUAAUAAUGUGCUGCAUACUAAAGAGGGCAAGCAAGCAUAAAUGCAUCAUCAGACCUUGUUUCCAAAGUCCCAUACCCUCCCACAUUUCUCCAAUGAAAAUAGGGACAUCCUAUUCCAUAAUAAUACUACUUUUAGUAUUUAUACCCUACACAUCUUGACUGGGUUACCCCAGCCACUCUUGGUGGCUUCCAACUAACAACAACAUUGAGAAGCUUCUCUAUACAGGGCUGCCUUCACGUGCCUCAGGGGUCGGAUAACUCCAUACUCUCCAACAUUUCUCUGAUGAAAAUAGGAAUGUCCUAAGGAAAAGCAGGACAUUCCAGGAUCAGAUCAGGAACUGGGACAGUUCUGUAAAUCUGGGACUAUCCCUGGAAAAUAGGGACACUUGGAGGGCAUGGGAUCCCAGCUGGCUCCCUGUCUCACUGCAGAACAUCCAGUAUCUCAGUCUUGCAGCACUCACUAAAGAGAGGCCCACUGAUAUUAUUAUUUGUGUAAUUAAUGGGUGUAAAGUGCUGUUUGCACUCUCCUCAGUUGGUAUCUCAAUGGAGGCUGGUUCAUUUGGGAAAAUUGGGCACUGCCCCACCACCCUCUAGCUGCCGUCUGCCAGUCCCCAGCUGCCUGCUUUCUUGCU